AUGGGAAUACAAGGGCUAUUGCCUCUGUUGAAAUCGAUAAUGUUACCAAUUCAUAUCAAAGAGCUUGAGGGUUGUUUUGUGGCUGUUGAUACCUAUUCUUGGCUCCACAAAGGUGCUUUUUCUUGUAGCAGGGAGCUCUGCAAGGGCUUACCCACCUCCAGGCACAUUGGAUAUUGCAUGCAUAGAGUAAAUUUGCUGCGGCAUUAUGGUGUUAAACCUAUUCUUGUCUUCGAUGGAGGUCUUCUACCGAUGAAGAUUGAACAAGAGAACAAGCGUGCCAGGGCAAGGAAGGAAAAUCUUGCACGUGCCAUUGAGCGUGAAUCAGAUGGGAAUACUUCUGCUGCUUAUGAUUUCUACCAAAAAGCUGUUGAUAUUUCUCCUUCAAUUGCACAUGAUCUGAUUCAGGUAUUGAAGCAAGAGAAUGUAUGUUAUGUUGUGGCUCCUUAUGAGGCUGAUGCCCAAAUGACCUUCUUGGCAAUCAGCAGACAGGUUGAUGCAAUUAUCACUGAAGACUCUGAUCUUAUAGCAUUUGGCUGCCCUAGAAUAAUCUUUAAAAUGGACAAGUUUGGGCAAGGUGUUCAGUUUCAGUAUUCCAUGCUGCAGAAAAAUAAGGACCUCAGUUUUGCAGGAUUCACUAAGCAAAUGGUUCUUGAGAUGUGCAUCUUGAGUGGUUGUGACUAUUUGCAGUCACUGCCAGGAAUGGGCCUAAAAAGGGCUCACGCACUUAUUAGUAAAUUCAAAAGUUAUGAAAAGGUUAUUAAGCACUUGAAGUACAGUACAGUUUCAGUUCCUCCUUUAUAUGAAGAAUCAUUCAAGAAAGCACUAUUGACUUUCCAGCAUCAACGGGUUUAUGAUCCAAUCACUGAAGAUAUUGUACAUUUGUCUGACAUAUCCAACAGCAAUGGUGAUGAUUUGGACUUUUUAGGCCCAUUGAUACCACAGCCUAUAGCUAAAGGUAUAGCACAAGGUGAUCUUGACCCUUUUACUCAAAUGCCAUUCCAGGGAGGCAGUGAUAGUUCUCAGCUUGUGCUUGACAAAAAUUCUCACCCCAAAAAUUUUAGGCCUGAAAGUGAAAGGAAAAAGCUUGUUUUGCCUGUGCAGAAGAAUCUCCUGACCAAGUAUUUUUGUUUUGCAUCUCUUGAAGCAAAGAGAAACUUCAGGGCCCCUCGGAUGUCACCUAAUGUUCCAAAUGCAGAGGAUACCACUUCAGUCAGCCCUGAGGAGCAAGUUAAUGUAGAGGAGGGUUCCUAUGGAAUAAACUGCUCGUUGCCAUCCCCAGUAAACUCUGAAAAUGACAAAAAGGGUCUUACAUCUGAAGUUCCUGGUUCAGAAUCUCUGAGUCCUGAUAUGGUGGUUGAGAGGAGUAGUCCAGAACAUACUUUGCUUCCACAACCUGAUAUUUCAAUACAUAAGCCUUCUCUACAAUUGCAAAAGGUGCAUAAAAGUAAGAAUUUUACUGAUGAAGUCGAGGGAAAGACAAGAACAGAGAGCAGAAAGGUCAUCGUAAGAAGUUCAUAUUUUCAGCAAAAGCAAGUGAUCAAGAAUGGUCAGGAGAAUAAAUCAGAAAAGCUUCUAGUUGUGGUUGAUGGUGCCAUUGAUAUAUCUGACAAUGUCAAUCUUGGGUUUUCUUCUGAGAAUAGCUGUCCCCAGGGCACAACUGUAAAAAGGAAGACUUUGUUAAACGACAGUGUGCAAAAAGAAAAUGUGAGAGCAAAGCACAUGCGUAUCAGUGCAUCCCUUCCAACCAUUGGUGCGUAUUCAUUUCAAUAA